AUAGUACGCCUUCCAGCACCAAAUAAUAGCUCUCCAACUUAAAAAUCUCUUUAUUUUCGAUCAUAAAACCCUUGCUAGGGUUUCUAUUCUUCAAAUCAGAGUUUCACUCAUCCGCAUUUCUCAAGCUUGCAACUAUGGCGUUCUUUAGUAAAGUUGGGAAUGUACUUAAACAGAGAAUAAGCAAGCAGAUUACUUCGCAAUUUUCAGCAUCAAAUCCCUCUAUUUACCAGGCUAUAAGAUGCAUGUCUUCUUCAAAAGUUUUUGUUGGAGGUCUCUCAUAUUCUGUAGAUGACACAUCCUUACGGGAUACUUUUGCUCGAUAUGGUGAAGUUGUAGAAGCAAGAGUUAUUAUGGAUCGUGAGCAAAACAGAUCUAGAGGUUUUGGUUUUGUUACGUUUUCUUCGAGUGAGGAGGCUUCUAGUGCUAUCCAGGCCCUGGAUGGACAGGAUUUGCUAGGUCGUAGAGUGAGGGUAAAUUAUGCAACUGAAAGAGCACCACGACAAGCUGGCUUUGGUGGCUACGGUGGUGGUGGUUAUGGAGGACAGAAUUAUGGUGGCGGUGGUGGUUAUGGAGGACAAAAUUAUGGUGGCGGUGGUGGUUAUGGAGGUGGUGGUGGUUAUGGAGGGCAGAAUUAUGGUGGUGGUGGUGGUUAUGGAGGGCAGAAUUAUGGUGGGAGUGGUGGUAAUUAUGGAAGGCAGAAUUAUGGUGUUGACGGUGGUUAUGGAGGACAGAAUGAUGGAGGCAACACUGGUGGCGGCUAUGCUCCUAGUACCCAGAACACUGACGGGGGCAAUUACAGUGUUGCUGGUGGAGUUGGUGGAAGUGAUUCUUACUUCGGUGGUGGUGCUGCUGGUGGUAAUGUCACUGCUGAGACUGGCUUUGCUAGCAGUGGACUCGAGGAUGGCUCAGCAGACCAAUUUGGCAUCAACUCUAACACUGGUUUGGGUGAUGAUAUUGACUUCGAGUCUAAGCGACCAUUGGAAGAAAACUUUAAAGAUGAUGACGAGCCUGAUGACUUUGCCAAGAGGGCUUGAUCUUUCUUUGCAUUCAGCGAGUGACAUAAAUGGGCUUCACUUUCACAGUGAAGCUUGAGAACUGUAGUUUUUCAUCCCAGCUACAAAUAUUAUAUCAGACAUCCAUUUUACUGCUAAAACUUCUCAGUCGAUUUUGUGUUCUAUCGAAUUAUUUUGUUAGUCGAAAACAUUUUAGGUUUUGUUGGCUUGGAUUUGGAGCUGGCAACAUGUUGAACUCUUUGAUUUUCCCUAUUUGUUUCGUUUUAAUUUUGAAGGUUACAGUUGUACUAUUUGGCCUCCCAAGAUCUAUUUUUGUAGUAUUUCGAAACAACCUAAACAUAUAGAUCUUUAUUUGUACACUUGCGUCUUGCGUAGUACAACAAAAAUAAAGUUACAUUGAGAGUACUA